GCGGGCCGCCGCGCAGGAAGCGCCGCUGGGGCGGACGGAGCUCCGCGGCCUCUCGCCGGGGGCUUAGCGGGCACUCACGGCUUUGAAAGGGGCGAAGAGGAAGAUAAGUAGCUCGCCCAGCUCCGCCGCACCCUGAGCCCCUGGGUUUGCUUCGCCAUCGCAGGGAGCGUGUGAAGACGAGACCCAAGUGCCCGCCUCUCCCAGCCACCGACGGGCUAGCGAGGGACGGCCCGGGCGCGGCCCCGCGCCUAGCAAAGUUGCCUUCAGCCGCGGACCGGUGCCACCCGCCUCACUUUGCCGGGGCUGCUUUCUUGACUUGGCUUUGGAUAGAAAAGACUUCGCUGUCUCCGCACCCUGAAAGUUGCCCGAGCGCUCCCCGCGGCGAGGAGGAGGGCGGCGCGCCCCGCGCCUCCCCGGGGCCGAGGCCGGUGGGCCCGGCUGGGCUGCAGCGGGCGGUGAUGAUGUGCGGCUGGGGGAAGCUCACCCUGUCCCUGGGGCUGCUGCUGGCGAUGGCGGGCGCGGUGGCGCCGCAGCCGUGCCCGGCGCAGUGCUCCUGCUCGGGGAGCACCGUGGACUGUCACGGGCUGGCGCUGCGCGGCGUCCCGAGGAACAUCCCCCGCAACACCGAGAGGCUGGAUCUUAAUGGAAAUAACAUCACAAGAAUCACGAAGACUGACUUUGCUGGUCUAAGGCACCUUCGAGUUCUUCAGCUCAUGGAGAACAAGAUUAGUACUAUUGAGAGAGGAGCAUUCCAGGAUUUAAAAGAACUGGAGAGGCUGCGCCUAAACAGAAAUAACCUCCAGUUGCUUUCUGAGCUACUCUUUCUGGGGACGCCGAAGUUAUACAGGCUGGAUCUUAGUGAAAAUCAGAUUCAAGCAAUACCAAGGAAGGCAUUCCGAGGAGCAGUAGAUAUAAAAAAUCUGCAACUGGAUUACAACCAGAUCAGCUGUAUUGAAGAUGGGGCGUUCAGGGCUCUGCGUGACCUGGAAGUGCUCACUCUCAACAAUAACAACAUCACUCGACUAUCCGUGGCAAGUUUCAACCAUAUGCCCAAACUCAGAACAUUCCGCCUUCACUCCAACAACCUGUACUGCGACUGCCACCUGGCCUGGCUGUCGGACUGGCUGCGGCAGCGGCCGCGCGUGGGGCUCUACACGCAGUGCAUGGGGCCCUCGCACCUGCGCGGACACAACGUGGCCGAGGUGCAGAAGCGCGAGUUUGUCUGCAGCGGUCACCAGUCCUUUAUGGCUCCAUCCUGCAGUGUCUUGCACUGCCCUAGUGCAUGCACCUGUAGUAACAACAUUGUGGACUGUCGUGGGAAAGGCCUUACUGAGAUCCCAACAAACCUUCCAGAAACCAUUACUGAAAUACGGUUAGAACAAAAUUCAAUCAAGGUCAUACCUCCUGGAGCUUUCUCCCCCUAUAAAAAGCUUCGAAGAAUUGACCUGAGCAAUAACCAGAUCUCUGAAGCAGCUCCAGAUGCUUUCCAGGGCUUACGUUCACUCAAUUCACUAGUCCUCUAUGGAAAUAAAAUCACAGAACUUCCAAAGGGCCUAUUUGAAGGACUCUUUUCUCUGCAACUGCUAUUAUUGAAUGCCAACAAGAUCAAUUGUCUGCGAGUUGAUGCAUUUCAAGAUCUGCACAACUUGAAUCUUCUUUCUUUGUAUGACAACAAGCUUCAGACCAUUGCAAAAGGCACCUUCUCCCCCCUACGUGCGAUUCAGACCUUGCAUUUGGCUCAGAACCCAUUUAUCUGUGACUGCCAUCUGAAGUGGCUGGCGGAUUAUCUUCACACAAACCCCAUUGAGACCAGUGGUGCCCGUUGCACCAGCCCCCGCCGUCUGGCAAACAAAAGGAUCGGCCAGAUCAAAAGCAAGAAAUUCCGCUGCUCAGCUAAAGAACAGUAUUUCAUUCCAGGAGUUCACCAUUUUGGCUGCACUGAAGAUUACAGAUCCAAAUUAAGUGGAGACUGCUUUGCAGAUUUGGCUUGCCCUGAGAAAUGUCGCUGUGAAGGGACCACAGUGGACUGCUCCAAUCAGAAACUCAACAAAAUUCCUGAUCACAUUCCCCAGUACACAGCAGAGUUGCGACUAAAUAACAACGAGUUUUCAGUCCUGGAAGCUACUGGAAUCUUUAAGAAACUUCCUCAGCUGCGUAAAAUAAACCUGAGCAAUAACAAGAUUACAGAUAUAGAAGAAGGAGCAUUUGAUGGAGCCUCUGGUGUGAAUGAACUAUUGCUCACAAGCAACCGAUUGGAAAGUGUUCAACACAAAAUGUUCAAAGGACUAGAAAGUCUCAAAACACUGAUGCUGAGGAGCAACAGGGUGAGCUGUGUGGGAAAUGACAGCUUCACAGGGCUGAGCUCUGUCCGUCUGCUGUCGCUGUAUGACAACCAAAUCACCACGGUGGCACCCGGCUCCUUCGACACGCUGCACUCGCUCUCUACGCUAAACCUCUUGGCCAACCCCUUCAACUGCAAUUGCCAUCUCGCAUGGCUUGGAGACUGGCUAAGGAAGAAACGCAUUGUGACGGGGAACCCUCGCUGCCAAAAGCCCUACUUCCUCAAAGAGAUUCCUAUCCAGGAUGUGGCAAUUCAGGAUUUUACAUGUGAUGAUGGAAAUGAUGACAAUAGCUGCUCUCCCCUGGCCCGCUGCCCUGCAGAAUGCACUUGCCUGGACACGGUAGUUCGCUGUAGCAACAAAGGUCUAAAAGCUUUGCCUAAAGGCAUCCCAAAAGAUGUGACUGAACUUUAUUUGGAUGGAAAUCAGUUUACCCUUGUUCCAAAAGAGCUUUCCAACUACAAGCAUUUGACACUCAUAGAUUUAAGUAACAACAGAAUCAGCACUCUUUCUAAUCAGAGCUUCAGCAACAUGACUCAGCUGCUCACCUUAAUUCUUAGUUACAACCGCCUAAGAUGUAUUCCUGCACGGACUUUUGAUGGGUUGAAAUCACUUAGAUUGUUGUCUUUACAUGGCAAUGAUAUUUCUGUUGUUCCUGAAGGAGCCUUUAAUGAUCUUUCAGCAUUAUCACACCUGGCUAUUGGAGCAAAUCCUCUUUAUUGUGAUUGCAAUAUGCAGUGGCUAUCUGAUUGGGUAAAAUCAGAAUACAAAGAACCCGGUAUUGCACGUUGUGCUGGUCCUGGAGAAAUGGCAGAUAAACUGCUUCUCACAACUCCUUCCAAGAAAUUUACUUGCCAAGGGCCUGUGGAUGUUAAUAUACUUGCAAAGUGUAAUCCCUGUUUAUCAAAUCCAUGUAAAAAUGAUGGAACCUGCAAUAAUGAUCCAGUUGACUUCUACAGAUGUACAUGCCCAUAUGGUUUCAAGGGUCAAGACUGUGAUAUUCCCAUUCAUGCUUGCAUUAGUAACCCGUGCCACCAUGGGGGAACUUGUCAUUUGAAAGAAGGAGAAAAAGAUGGUUUCUGGUGCGCUUGUGCAGACGGAUUUGAAGGUGAAAACUGUGAAGUAAAUGUUGAUGACUGUGAAGACAAUGACUGUGAAAACAAUUCUACUUGUGUGGAUGGAAUUAAUAACUAUACGUGCCUUUGUCCACCUGAAUAUACAGCUGCUAAUCUGAAUGAAGUGGAAAAAGGUGAACUCUGUGAGGAGAAAUUAGAUUUCUGUGCCCAAAACCUGAAUCCUUGCCAGCAUGAUUCAAAGUGUAUCUUGACACCCAAAGGAUACAAAUGUGAUUGCACACCUGGAUAUGUAGGUGACCAUUGUGAUAUUGACUUUGAUGACUGCCAGGAUAACAAAUGUAAAAAUGGAGCGCAGUGCACUGACGCAGUUAAUGGAUAUACGUGCAUCUGCCCAGAAGGGUACAGUGGCUUGUUUUGUGAGUUUUCGCCGCCUAUGGUUCUACCUCGCACCAGCCCUUGUGAUAAUUAUGAAUGUCAAAAUGGGGCCCAGUGUAUCAUAAAAGAAAGUGAACCAAUCUGUCAGUGUUUAUCAGGCUACCAGGGUGAGAAAUGUGAAAAGCUGAUCAGUAUAAACUUUGUCAACAAAGAAUCCUAUCUGCAAAUCCCUUCAGCUAAGAUACGCCCCCAAACCAAUAUCACUCUACAGAUUGCCACAGAUGAAGACAGUGGGAUCCUGCUGUACAAAGGCGAUAAAGAUCAUAUAGCAGUGGAACUGUACCGGGGUAGAGUGAGGGUCAGCUAUGACACAGGAUCAUAUCCAGCCUCUGCUAUUUACAGUGUGGGAAACAAUUAAUGAUGGCAAUUUCCACAUUGUGGAGCUGCUAGCUAUGGAUCAGAGUCUAUCUUUAUCUAUUGAUGGAGG